CCUCAUUGGCCCGCCGGCGCACGGGAAGUGCGGCGGCGCGGCCCGCCAUUGGCCGCCGGGCCGGGUCAAGAUGGCGGUGCUGGCGCCGGUGCUGGCGCUGCUGUCGGCGGUGCCCGCGCUGUGCCGCUGGCUCGCCCGCCCCUACUACCCGCUGUCCGCGCUGCUCGCCGCCGCCUUCCUGCUCGUGCGCAAGGUGCCGCCGCUCUGCCGCGGGCUGCCCUCGCAGCGCGAGGACGGAAACCCCUGCGACUUCGACUGGCGCGAGGUGGAGAUCCUCAUGUUCCUCAGCGCCAUCGUGAUGAUGAAGAACCGACGCUCCAUCACGGUGGAGCAGCACAUCGGGAACAUCUUCAUGUUCAGCAAGGUGGCAAACGCCAUCCUCUUCUUCCGCCUCGACAUCCGGAUGGGUCUGCUCUACCUCACGCUCUGCAUCGUGUUCCUGAUGACCUGCAAGCCCCCGCUCUACAUGGGCCCCGAGUACAUCAAGUAUUUCAGUGACAAGACCAUAGAUGAGGAGCUGGAGCGGGAUAAGCGGGUGACCUGGAUCGUCGAGUUCUUCGCCAACUGGUCCAGCGAGUGCCAGUCCUUCGCCCCCAUCUUUGCCGACCUCUCUCUUAAGUACAACUGCUCGGGGCUGCACUUCGGGAAGGUGGACGUCGGCCGGUACACGGAUGUCAGCACCAGGUACAAGGUCAGCACCUCGCCCCUCACCAAGCAGCUGCCCACCCUCAUCCUCUUCCAGGGCGGGACAGAGACCAUGCGCCGGCCACAGAUCGACAAGAAGGGCCGGGCCGUGUCCUGGACCUUCUCUGAGGAGAACGUGAUCCGGGAGUUCAACCUCAACGAGCUCUACCAGAAGGCCAAGAAACAGGCGAAGCCGCGGGAGGAGGGGCCCGAGGAGCCCCCCGGCGGGCAGGCACCCACCGGGCACCCCGGCGGGGAGGCCAAGAAGGACAAGUAGAGGCCGUGCUGUGCUGUCACCUAUCGCCUCCUCAUGUCACCCUGGUGCCACCGGCCCCGCGUGGGGCCUGGGGCCGCGCGGGGAGCUCCCGGGUGGGCCCUGGGCGAGCAGGGCCCGUGCGGCGGGGCCGUGGGGCAGACCCUGCCCCCGUUAACGCGCAUCCUUAUCGCUGACAAUAAACGGUUCGUGCCCGCG